GCUGCUCAGUGAGCUCUCUCACUUGUCACGUCUGCUAUCAGCCUUCGCACUGCGUCAGUGAGCUCCCGUGUUCGCUCCAACGGUAAGCGCAUACAACUUUCUCUACCGCUGCUCCUUUCUUCUUUUUCCAGCAAGAGCGGUAGGGUCCUCACCAAAAGGUGCAUCAUUCGCCAUAGGUCAGGGCCUUUCUCGAAGGAGAUCUCGUCGGCUUUCUCCAUCUUCAAGAACAUCUGCCUUGCAACAAGCCCACUUGAAGACGAUGCUGGUAUCGUCCACCAAAGCUAAGGUAUUCUUACAGAUCGGCCACGAUGGGGCGCUUUGAGACUCUGAACGCAGACACCCAAGACCUCGUCAACUGUCUUCUCCCUGCGCUUGCCGCCGACUUCCAUGUGCAGUCGGUCCCCGAGAUUAUUCCUGUCGACAUUCGCAUGCGUGCCUGGGACUGUGAGCGGCGCGAUCAUAUCAAGAACCAGACUGAGAAUGACCCACGCAACUGGGGCGUUCAGUUCCUGAAGGAUCUCAAGUCUAUCGCGCGUCUCAACGGUGGGAAUUUGGACGAGUUUCACUUCCGACUCAGGGCGAAGAUCGACAAACACCGAGACAAACAUCCAUGGUGCCGACUAGCCGACAUCAAGGAGAUCAAGGACGAGUACGAGCACCCCGAUCGACCAGAACCAGAAUCCGAGGCCGAGUCUCUCGUUUCAUCCAUCGAUUCAUAUUUGGAGGAGCUACAUGAGCCAGUCCUUCCGAAGGGCUCUCUACGAGGCCACAAGCGUAACCACGAGGUCUACGAGGCACGCCUGCAGCUUCCAACAAAGCAAGGUCGACUUCGUCGCGCCCCCGACGGCACCCUCUUUCGUAAAGAGAAGCACGCAAACAAGCGCCGUAAAACCUUCGAACCUACCGAACGGAGCACUCCAGGACGCCGCAACACCAGGACCAUCUCCUCCGACGAGGAAGAUGUCGACGAUGUUCAUUCCGACCCAAUACGCGCGCGCCCUCGUUCCAUUCUCUCAGGUACACCAGGUGCGGUGGCUCGUUCUGACAUUGCAGAUGCUGUGAACGCGUCCAAGGAGUCUCUCGAGGUCCAGAAGCUACAGGCUGAACUUGAGGUUGCAGAGGCAGAGCUCAAAGCGGCUCGGCUGAAGUACCAGUAUAUCCAAGCUCGUGAGGCUGCUGAACUGGAGAACGUAGAUUGAAGGUCGGUAACUUUCAGCUAACGU